GCGUGGCACGAAGGCCACAUCCGGCAGCAGCACUGCAGUAUUGGUCGAUCCCGCUUCAGCAACAGCGAAGUUGGUUGAAUUUCCUAUAUAUUAUUGAUAAAUAGCUCGUGUUGCUCGUGUGACUUUUACCAAAAUCGACAUCGGUAUUCGUAUUUAAAAAGAGAAAGUCUGUACUGUCGGAAUCACGUACAUACCGAGAGACGCAAAACGGUUAGGAGUACGCGCGUUGCUUGUAACGAGAAAUCAGUCAAGGGAUUAUCGUGCAUUGGGUGUGACGGACAUUUAUAUCCGUGCGAAUUGCAUGAAAGUCGUGUCGUGUUGCGUAGUGCACAAGAACAUUCGAUUAUUCGUGAUUCUCAUGGGUGUAUGUGCGAUUAUGUCGAGCGCCCCCGAAGUGAGGUGAGCGUUAUAGGAGGGGAAACUGCCCAAAAGAAGCAGCCUUCGAAUCUGUUUUUUGCUCCGCCAUUGUACGCUACAAGAGUACCGCGAAGGAAGCCGCUUGCCUCGUUUAUCCGUGUGUUCUUGUUCAACUACAUUUUUUUCAACUGAUCGCUGUUCAAGCGUGUAAACGCGCCUACGUCCGCGUUAACGCACGUCUCGUGGUUACGCUAUUCACGAGGCGAAGCACGUUAGUGUCUUCUCUCUCUUUCUUUCUCUCUUUCUUUAUUGCGCGUUCUCUUUCUUUUUCUAUCUUUUUUUGCUCUUUCUCGAUAUAUACAUACACACAUACACACAUACAAUUCUCAUUUUCUUUCUCACUCUCUUUCCCUUUUGUAUUAUAUUCUCGAUGCCUUCGACAUCUCUACGGAAGUCGCAUGUGUAAAAGUUUUUCGCGUACGUGGACAUUGACGAAGACGCCAAGUGAUUUGUAUACUAGUGCCUUUGCCGGGGAUACAAAUCUUGCGCGUCAUUAUGCAAUAGACGUGCAGCUGACGAGAAAGAACUGCCUCCUCUGUUGAGGACGAAGACGGCGGUGGUGUUGUGCGGCAUGUUUUUAUCUUUGUUUUUUAAUUCUGUGCCACGACGAGGAAACGCUGUCGUUGCCGCUACCGCCGCCGCCACCACUGCUGCUGUUUUCUAUAUUUUGCGACGAGUAAUCACGUGGGAAUGCGUCAAACGAUGCAAGCAUACCUGUUAUUAAUCUCUACGACAACAUAUAUUUGCCACUUACCGCCUCAACUUACUUUACGUUCGAAGUUCAUCGCUCGAAAAUAGUGAUCCAAUAUACUAAAUUAUAUCUUCGUGGGAAGAACGAUCUUGCCUUUCUGACGUUCCUCUUGAUUUAUUUUGUGUGUUUGGAUGUUGCCUUUACAAAAAAUAUCGCUCUGAAUAAUCUGCGAUUUUAAACGUGCUUCCUUUUUGCAAGCAAAAAAUAUAAGGUUAAUGUUAUGAAUUGGUCCAAAACAUACAAAUGAAACAAAAAUGAAGAAAUUAAACACAAUGGAAAUUAUUGUUGAAACAACAUAAUAUUUAAUAUGGAAUGAAUGAAAAAAGAAUUUAUGGUACAAGAGAAAAAAAAGACAAAAGAAAAAAAGAAAUUAUAUUGAAAGAUAGCAAUACAAGUGCAGGACAAUAAAUUAGUAAUGGAUGAAUGGGAGUGAGCACAGCACAUGUGAAGUGUAGGUGUGGGUGCGUACGCACGUGGGAGCCUCUGGAUGUCGAGGCUGCAGCACUGGCAGUGUCAGUGGCAGUGAUGGCCCCUGCUCUGACGGAAGGUGGUCCUCAAAAGCCUGAAAAUUUGCUCCCUUCCCUUCCAGCUGGUGGAUUUCUUUCCCCAGAGCAGGCUACGCAGGUGUGUCAGAAUCGUGAAAUUCUGGCAAAAUUUGUUGUUUCUGCAAACGUUCAACCAUCAAAGAUCGACGAGCAGUGUUUACAUGGUAUCUCUAAGGAUCUCAUUCGUGAUGUCAUCAACUCGAAAUAUGCCAAUGAUCUUGAUAGCUUGUCUACAUUUACGCACGGAUCUGACUUGAUUACAAAGAAAGUACUAAUAAAGGAGGACUGUGAACAACUGGACAUUCUGGGCAGUCCAGAAAAAAAGGUGACUGAUACUAUAAUGAACGACCCAUCUAUGGGUGAUCAAGCGGACAAUAUGGGUUUCUUAAAAUCAAGCGCAGACUUGCCUUUGGUGGGCUCAGAAACAGCAGGAGACAAUAAAAAUCUGGAUGUGGAUCAAAUAAUGGCCUUUGGUAGCGACAUAACUACAGAUAAUGAACAAUGUAAUAUUAGUAAUGUUGGGGAUAUUGGGCAAAAUGUUGAGGAAAUUUUACAAGUAAUUAAAUCCAUUGAGGAUGUGGAGAAUGCAGAAAAUAUAUCUGCAGGUAGUAGUGAACCAGUCCAAAGUACAGUUGAUGGAGUUGAAAUGUUUUCUAUGCCUGAAGAAGGAUUUUCAUCUUUUGAAAGAGAUUUACUUGAUGUUGAUGUUAUAAGUAUUUGCAAUAUUGCUGAUGCAGUGGACCAACAUAAAGUGAAUACAUUGAAGUUACAGCAAGAUGUUGCCCAAAAACAACACGAGAGUGAAAGGAAAUGUGCAUUUUUAUUAAGAAGACUGAGAAAGCUUCAAGCAAGAAUAAUAGGCAGGCAUGUUGCUGAAGAAAAUACUGGAGUUCUUGAACUUGCUCAUCAUGGAGUAAAAAAAUAUCUUUUUCAAGAAUUAGUUAAUAUCAGUUCUAAAUCUAAUGUUAGAAACUUUCCUGAAAUUAGUAGUAGUUUGAGUUCCUUUUUGCAAAAAAUUGAAAAAAUGUGUGUUGCUCAGAGUAAUAGUGUGAAUCGUCAGCGAUUAUGUUGCCGGUAUUUUGGUGAUGGAUCACGUGAUAAUUUGAGUAGUACUUCCGGUAACAGCAACCGCCAAUCAGUGUUUGGUACUCCUCAAGUUAAAAUUAAAGGUGAAGAAGUAGAAAGUGUGGCUGGACCUUUAGCUACACAAUUACAUGUUGUGGAAUCUAAUCUUGACUCCGAUUGUACUGCAUCCAGUAGUGGUGGAGAAAGUUGUGAUGAAAUGCAGACAUUUAACAAUCCACAUCAGCAAAGUAUAUCUAUAUCAAAGAGAGCAGCAUGGAGGUAUGCUCAAGAUCGUGCAGGUGUAGCAGCAAGAUGGACAUGGUUGCAAGCACAAAUAUCGGAUUUGGAAUAUAGGAUUAGGCAGCAUAAUGAAUUACAACGGCAUAUUAGAGCUAAUAAAGGAUUAGUGAUACUUGAUAAUGCAGAAACAGUGAAUGGCUAUAGUGGUGUUUUACCAGGUUCUACAGGACGUUAUAAUUCACCUGAAGGUGAAUUACCAGCUAGUAGGACUCGGCCGUUUGUGUGGAGUUUUUAUAGGAAAAGAAAAUUAUUACAAUUAGAUAAAUUACAUGAAGUCUCGAAACGUGCUGCAAAAGCAUCAACAGUAAGAUGCAAUUGUGAUCAUGUAUUACCACCAUGUGCUUUAUGUACUGGAAGAUUAGAUCCAAUGCAACCACAAGAACCAAUUGAACAAAUGUCAGUACAAGAAAGAGUUGCACUUGUUGAUCCUAGUUUUCAUCCUGUUUUAUCAUUUCCUGAUGAAAUUACGCAGGGAACUCAUCUUGAAGCUAUUAUGAAAUCAGUGGAAUGGCAACAAAAAAUGUUAAGAGGAAACUUACGAAUUACACGCUUAAAAGAUAAAGAUAUUAAUGAAAGAAGAAAUAAAAAACUUCCAGGACAUAGAAAAUAUGCAGCUCGAUUAAAAAAAUCAUCUUCAAGUAUUCUUACUGCAAGAAUUAAGAAAAAAAUGUUGAAAGGAAAAAGAAAUAGACUUGGUCAUGAUAGAAGUGUUCAUGGGUUAAGUAGAAAAAGGGUGCAGAAAUUAACAACUGAAGAUGAUGAUGAUAUUAGUGCACUUUCCAGCUCUAGUAAACAUUCAUUUCCAGUGUCUUCUCCUUUACAUCAUACUAUUGCUUCUACUACAGAAAAGAAUACAAUUAAAGAAAAGAAUUCUCAUGGACGCUUGAGGCAAAAUUCGUACGAUAUUGAUAAUAUAGUUAUACCUUAUAGUGUAGCUGCUUCAACUAGGCUUGAAAAAUUACAAUAUAAAGAAAUAUUAACACCAAAGUGGAGGUUAUGUGAAGAACCUUCAAAAUUGGAUAUUAAAAAUGGUGUUAUGCAUAGGCCUAGUCAAGACAGUGAUUUCGAAGAUAUGUCAGACGAAACUAUUGCUUUAAGACAUGAACGAAGUGAACGAGAAGAAAAUAAACGUUUUAUGACAUAUAUGAAUAUGCCACAUCAAUCACGUAUUCGGCAUAAUCGUAGAACAGAUAGUCGAGCAGAUAGUGGUGCGAAUACACCAGAUCCUAUGUCUCCACAUGCAAGUGAUUUUGGUGGAGAUAUGAUGUCACCAAUUACAUCACCUCCUGCAACUCCUCAAGUUCAAGAUUCAGAACAUCAACAUAAUUCAGAUAAUAUGCAUCGAUCAUCUGCUUUACAAAAUGCUAUACGACGUCGUGCUACACCUACGUUAAGAAUAGGAAAGGACGACACUAAUAUUUCAAUAAAUGAAGAUGAAAAUGAGAUUUUACCGUAUGAACCAAGAGUAUUUCCAUUAUCUGAAGAAGUUUAUGAUAAAAUGCUGGAAGUAAUGCCAGAUGGUCAUUGGCAACCUUCAUCAGCAUCUCUUUGUUCCCGUGAUGAAGAAAAAGCAGAUGAUGAUGGGGAAAUGGAUUCUCCAGAAUCAGAUUCGACAGAAUCAGCUUGUUGUGACAUAGAGGGUGAGGAUCCCAAUGAUCCUGAAUGGACAGUAGGUGACGAUAGGGAUACUGAAAAGGAACGAAUACGUCCGACGGCUAAGAGAUAGGAUAAAACCUUUAAUACAUACAGUAUGUCUACGUCGUUACUAUAUGCAGAAGCUACCUGUCAAUUGUUAUAUAUACCUGUCGGUCAUGUAACAUGCACCUUAAGUUAAUGGUAUUAUGAAUCUGUAAAGUGUAUUAUAAAUAUAAAUUUUAUAACUUCAUUCUGCUUAAAUUAAUGGGAAACCUUAAUGAUUGCUUUUUAAGUAUUUCUAUUUCGGCCAAAGUAUUAGAAUUGUAUGGAUUAUCAUCCUUUUAUUUAGGAUAAGGAUAUUGUUAUAUUUUUCUUUCACUGUUAUAACUGAUAAAACGGGACAUAGUCCUUCAAAAGUUAGAAUCUCAUAUGAACAGAAUUAGGCAAUUUUAUAUUAAAAAAAAAAAAAAAAAUAAA